CGGAACGUUCCCCGUCGGACCUACCGGAAACACACGCCCACUAGUUCCGGUUAAUUUUCCGCUUGGCGGGAAAUAAAAACUUUUCCAGCUGACGACCAUCGUGUGAAGGCAGCAGCUGUCUGUGAGUUAUGUCCAACCUGGAGAAAACAGAAAAGAAACGUCCUCCGCCCGUUAAAGUGUUGUCGGCCCAGCUGAGGGCGGCUGGGAACCGGAGCUCCGCAGGCACCGGGGAGGGUUUUGUCCUGAGGCUGGGAAGGGGUCGCUCUUUGCAGGUGUCUCUGGUGUGGAUGCAGGGGACUGUCCUGGAAGCCCAGCUGGACAGAAACACGGUGUUGCUGAUGGAUGAGACGGGGACUUUUGCUGUCCAGGGCGUUAACAACAUCCCCAAAGGGAAACCGUGUUUGUCUCCAGGCAAAUAUGUCAUGGUGAUGGGUGUCAUCCACGCCGUCUCCCCGGAGCCAGUGAUCCGUGCGGUGAAGAUGGCAGACCUCUCCGAGCUCGCCGCACUCCACAGACGGAUGUGGAAGCUGGAGGUGGAGGACCUGCAGCAGGUGCUGGCCUGAAUUCAGAGAUGUGGAUGGAAAUGCGGCUCCUGUCACACCUGGAUAUUCAGUAAUGAAGUGAUUCUUGACAAAUGCAAAAAUGCCCGAAAGGACACGCAACCUGGUUUUCCCAGAUGCUACGCUCUCGUCUCGGAGGUAGGAUGCAAGAGCGACAAAGACUUUAUGCGUGUAUUUGUGCUUAGGGUGUGUACACUGAAGAGUGAUGCUUACUCAAUGACGUACGUUACCUCCCACUUCACUCCUACACUGUCGGCCUAAAUGUUGGAUUUAUAGCUGUGUAGCACCAUAUCAGGAAAAUUAAACACAUGGUUUAAACACUAGUUAUCCACCUUAAGGCAAAGGUCCAGCCACCUCCUGUUCAAUUAUUACCUCAACAACUGUUUUGCCUUUGCUUAAGGGAAACAUAACUGCAAAUGGGGACAUCCUGUGCCAUCAACUUGGUUUUAGAAACACCUUGUCAGGUUGUACGACUAGCAUCACCUCUGCAAAAAUCUAGUGUUCCUUUAGAGCUAAUAUAAUAUGCCAGAUGGUUCAACAAAUAUAUAGAAGUUUAUGAUUUUCCGAGUUUAAAUAUUUAUACGUACUGCAACAAGAUUGAUACAUUGAGACGGCCAUGUUACAUGAAUACAAAAAUAAUAUAUUUCUGGAUUAAUGCACGAAAUAGCUGAUACUUCCAGAAAAGCAUCUACUAAAGUCCGGUGCUUCUGUAUUUUCAGUCAUUGUAUCAUUGCACACUCACAUUUCUGUAGUAAAUGUUUUACACCAGUGAGACAGCUGUUAGUUCACAAAUUGAACUUUACCAUCCUAAACACACAGGCUUGUAAAAUGUCAAGCAUAGAUUGAAUUAUCCAACUGUAUAAAAUGUGAAAUAAAUGGUUUAAAUUCCCCAAACAAUCAGAUGCCACAGUUGAGCAUACCAGAAAUACAUUCUUGCACUACUUUAGAGUAAGGAUAUGAGUGCUUAACCCCAGUUUACUGGUGUAUACCUAAUUUAAAAAAAACAGCAGUUUCAGUACAGAUUUUAAAAAAGAAGCUUUAUUUGGUGUGCGCCCAUUACACUGGUAACACUAUUAGAUAAAUGGAAAGUGAAAAUGACCUAUGUUGACUGAUUAAAAUAAAAGAAUGUCAACUGAAUUCUCAAUUUAAGUAUCCCAUACUUAAAACGGCAAAGUUCAUUAACAUAUACAAACUGUUUGUGAAAAGAAACUUUUUUUAAGGUCAACUGUAAGUAUCUGAACAUGUCUCUGAUCAAGUUUUACACAUGCUAUUUUAAAUCACCAUUUCCAGGUACACUACUGAAUGGUGCAUAGCAAAGCUUCAGGUGUCUUACACUCAGUAUUUGCUACUAAUGAUAACACUCCCAGUAGUUCCGAUCAGAGAAAACCAGCCACCAAUCAGAGGGCCGGGUCCUGAAUGCCCCCUGCCUCCUGAAUUAAAAUCAUGCUGCGAUCAGGCAAUUUCCUUUGCGCCCCAGAGGCCCUCAAAGAUGACCUGAUUCAAGACUGAAUACUGAAUUAUUUGCAAGUGAGCAUGAAUAUUGUCAUCACAUCAUCAUUAUUUAAUAUCUUUAAGCAGAAAACUGUAUUUCCCAAAGUCAUUGUCAUUUGGUGCUAUAAGAUGGUCUUUUUUGGCUUUGGCAAGUUUCAUCAAAAGGAAUUCCCUGCGCUCCAUCCACUCUUUUAGCUCCUGCUCCCCGUGUGCCAGCUUACACAAGUCGUCCUCUGUGCAUGUGCCUUUGAGGAACCUGUCAAAAAACAAGACUGCACGUCAGCCAUCAUAAACUACUGGUAACCAGUGACAUAGUGUAUGCUGUUUGAUAAUCUUACCUCUCACAAACUUUGAAAGUGCCUGUGGGAAAUCGAUACUGCCAGCAGUUCUGAUCAUCCUCAGAGUUGAAAACUCUGUCUUUGUGUUUUUCUGAAGUGAUAUGCUGCUGCCACUGCUUCUCACUGUUGCAGUUUUUACCACACAGCCAACAGUGGUUGCCAGCCUGCAAAAACAGAAAUUUCAUUUGCACAAAUGACUAAUUACCAUCUGCUUCUUAUUGUGGUUUAAUCACUCAGUAAAUAACUAAACAGAAACUAUAUUUCAUCAAAAUGUUCAUGUAGUUUAACCAUUAGGCACAAAUAAUUUUUACUGCAUCAACAGACAACUAAAUGAUGAUCUGCCAAAGCAAUAGAACAAUGAUUUUUCUAACAAAGAUUCUAAAGAAAAGACAAAAACUAAGACACAUUUCAUUUCACAGUAUUUUUCUUAGGCAUAUAGCACAAACUACAUUCACUACAUAAACCUUGUGUACACAACCAGAAAAAAAGCACCGUGUCAUAUCUGCUGGCUUAUAAACUCACCACUUCCUCAGCGUAGUCUGUUGGCAUGUGGAUCUGUUUGCCGUUCUCCCUGACUGAGUUACUGGAAGUCUCCUCGCCCCAGCCAGGCUUCUGAGACUGCAGCCACUGCUCAUAAAGCUGAUCCAUAUCUGGAACUAAAUGAGGGGAUAAAAAUGAGCGCACUUCAUGGCAUACUGAUUAAAUUUUUACCAAGCAACAGA